AUGAUUUCUCAAUCAAAAGACACCCUCGCGUCUAGCGCGUCAACCACGCACGCACCCCGCCCCAACUCCGCUAACGGCGUAAUCUUAUAUACAAAUUCCACCUCAUCAACAGCAACACAGCAUCACACUAUGGCUGAAGUACAGAAUUCCUUACUCGAAAGACACCACCAAACCCUCACUGCCAUAUUCUUCACAGAAGAUAUGAAACAACUCGAAGACCUUCUCUCAACACCUGACUUAAAUGUAGACAUGCCAAUGGAUGCUCACGGUCAUACCGCCCUCCACUGGGCUGCUGCCUUAGGUAGAGUACAGUUACUGGAACUUUUGAUAAGUCGUGGAGCCGACUUGUGUAAAGUAAACAAUGACGGAGAGUCGGCAUUAAUAAGAGCUGUGUUGGUAACUCAUAGUUUUGAGUCGCAGACUUUUCCUGCUCUAUUGGAAAUAUUGACCAAGACUAUCGGUCUUGCUGACAAGAAAAAUAGAACUGUAUUUCAUCAUAUUGCUAUGACUGCUGCAUAUAAGAGUCAUGCUGCGUCUGCUGAGUAUUAUAUGGAAUGUCUAACAAGGUGGAUAGAUGGCCCUUCCGUUAAUGGUGUUAUUCCAUCGAUAGUUAACGUGCAGGACAAAAAUGGGGACACUGCAUUGAACAUAGCUGCUAAACAUGAUAACGAGAGAAUAGUGCGAUUGUUGCUUGAACUAGGUGCAGAUAGAAUGAUCGAAAAUAGCGUUGGAGUAAAGCCAGAAGAUUACGAAACUAUUGGGUAUAUUGACGAUCGAGCUGAUAUGAAUAGUCAUGUGAAUGAGGGAAUGGCAACUGGAAGAGAUGAGACAGAUGCUCAGGCAGUUAUGAUUCAAGGGCAAAUAGAUGGAGCGAACGCGCACUUUAAGCCACGCAAGCGAGCACGCGAAGUUGCCUCAUGUAAUUUACCCUUUUCAUAG